AUGCCUUUUUUUAGGCGUGCAUACUUGUUUCUCCUUCUCUUACGACUUUGGUUUGCCAUUUCUCCAAGUUAUCUACAUCCCGAUGAGAACUUUCAAGGUCCAGAGGUUAUAGCUGGACAAAUAUUCAGCUAUCCCGUCAAGUUGACCUGGGAAUUCACAUCCGAAAAUCCGGUUCGAAGUGUCUUUCCAUUAUGGCCUAUCUAUGGUCUGCCGAUGCUACUCCUUCGAUGGCUCUGGAUAGGGAAUGGAGGUGAUGGCGAGAUACCUCCGAUAGCUGUGUUCUGGGCUUUGCGAUUGUUGAUGUUGACUUUGAGCUUUGUGCUUGAGGAUUGGGCUAUCCACGAAUUGGUUGAAUCUCCCCGACAUCGAAAAGUAGCCGUCAUGCUUGUGGCAUCUUCAUACGUUACCUGGACAUAUCAAACUCACACGUUCUCGAAUUCGAUAGAGACAUUAGCAGUCGCAUGGAGUCUGGUCUUGAUACAAAGAAUCGUGGCAGCUAAGAAACAUUCUUCAGUAUUGCCAUGUGGAAUUCUUGCAUUUGUUGUGAUUUUUGGGAUCUUCAAUCGCAUCACCUUUCCCGCCUUUCUUUUCAUUCCCGGUCUUCGUUUAUUACCACAUUUUGUGAGAAAACCCCUUUCGCUCAUUUCGAUGGUACUCUUUGGUAGCCUGGCUACAUUCAUCGCAAUCUGUUUGGAUACGAAUUUCUAUGCAAAAAAUGCGGUCACCUGGUCCUAUCUCUUUUCUCAUCCAACGAUCACACCAUUCAACAAUCUCAACUACAACCUUACCACGGAAAAUCUUGCGCUUCACGGCCUACACCCAUGGUAUCAGCAUAGUCUAAUUAAUCUCCCACAACUAUUGGGACCUGCUAUAUUACUUCUCUUUUUACAACCGUUGGCUUCUCUUCGCCUUUACUCUGCAAUCUCGGGUGUUGUUGUUCUUUCGUUCUUUAAACACCAAGAGGCACGUUUUUUACUUCCAACAAUUCCCUUAAUAUUGUCAUCUGUAAAAUUACCAAAACAGCGAAUUCCUUUACGCAUCUGGGGGGGUUUGUGGAUUUCAUUCAAUUUACUACUAGGUCUUUUGAUGGGUGUAUACCACCAGGGAGGAGUUAUCCCAACUCAAGUGUUCUUGAGUAAACAACUAGACGCCACUAACGCUAUCUGGUGGAAAACAUACAGUCCACCAAUUUGGCUACUGAACGGCAAAAAUAAAGUGCUCGCCACUCAUGAUUUGAUGGGCAUCAAAGGAGAGCUCAUGCUAGAAGAAGUUAUUAAUCUGGCAACUUGCCGUUCAAAACCUGGAGAAGAGCUUACAGAAGCCACCUAUCUUAUUACACCCACAUCAGCUACUUUCCUGGACAACUACACGGCAAAUCAAACAGAUUUAUAUUUUGAGGAGAUGUGGAAAUACAAAAAACAUUUUAAUCUGGAUGAUAUGGAUUUUGGAGAUGAUGGAUUAUGGAGUACAAUCACGAGGGUGAUUGGGAGGAGAGGAAUCGCAGCAUGGAGAGUGACAGUGGAUUGUCCGGGAGGAAAGAAGGAUAUGGACAAACUAGGAGAUAUCUUGGGAUAUGGCGAAAGUCUUUAG